AUGGAAGAUCGCAGGCGGCCAAGCUACAAGGAAUUUUUGCAGCGAUUUCGCCACGAUCCACCAGAGGCACCCAACAGAAGGAGACAACUCGUUCCACGGUCAAGGAACGACCAUAGACACGAGGCAUAUUCCGGAGGCGAUGCAGCCACGAAGAAAGCUCACUCCCGCCCAGUCAUCACCAAGUCUCGUAUCCCGACUGCAGCAUUCCGUCAGCAGGACACCAAGAAUAAAAGGAACCCUAGCGUGACGACCACAAAUCGGCCAAAGCCUCCCGCAAAAGUAGCACAUCAUGCGUCGCAGACAGUCGCCAAACCAGUGAAUGCGGUCCAUGAUGGGUUGGCCAAACCCGUUCGUCCAGACGAGGAAGGCUCUUUGCGUCCUUUAAGCAUGGAAUGGUCUAGCCAUACAUCCUCUCCUUGGUCGUCAUCGCUAAAUUCUACCACGUCCAGUGAUAUUGCUGAAGACGAUCACAUCGGACAGCGUCGAUGGGAAUGGAGCUCAGAAAGUGCCCAGGGUGAUACUGUCCAUAGUGAUUGGGAUACGACCAGCGACAUCACUGCAUUACGAUCUAAAUACUUUUGGGAAACAAUGAGCGAAAAGAAUGUAGAGAUGUUGGGAAGAAGACUGGAAAUGGAGGAAAAAGAGAAUAUGGAGGAUCUCCUCAACACAGGAACGAAAAAGCCACUUUCCAUACCGCUGAAUUGUUCAGCGACCUUGAAUCCCGAAGAGAUACUGAACUCACUACGUCAAAGAUAUCGGAUUGAUAAUUCUCACAGCGGAUGUGGAGCAGAUAGGGAACGGACGAACAAAACCGCGGAUAAGGACCGUGUGACCGGUAAACACCCGUGCAAUGUUUCCGGUGAGAGUGUUGGACGUGAGCGUCAAAGCGAACUUCGGCCAAAGAGCAUCCCUCUCGACCUUGACGAAUCCUGCAAGCGUGAACAGCUACAGUUGGGAGAACCAGACGAAAUUUUGAAUUCAAUAAGACGAAGAUACGGGCUAGAUCCGCCGCCUCUUCCCACUACUGGGAACGAACGUGAAGGCGCUCCUAUGAGAAUUGGACACAGUUCGAUUUCCUCCCAUCAUGAACAAGUAAUAUCAAGAGGGGCCGCAGAAAUUGGGCCCAAUUUGCUCCGUGAUGAGACCGUCGAACGUGUGUCCAUUCUAACUCCAAUUCAAUCCGACGAUGUACGGUGCCUCAAAGAACAGGAGCUAUCAUCGCACCAUAACGGUUAUGCACAUGGCCUUCCGGAAACGAUAGAUGGAUACGGAUUACCAAUGGCUAAUACGCCGGACACCACUCCGGAAUCGCUUUCUCAUCUACGCUUAUCGGCGCCGUCACAUUGCAAUCAGGUGCUGUCACCGUCCACCCUGAUCCAACCCCCAGUGCACUUGCAGAAACCUACUUUCUGCGCACGUACUCAGCUGGGCGAGGUCGAUUCUAAUAGAGAGUUUAGAGGCAGCACUGGAACAGUUGCUGAUGUGUCGACAUUGGUGAUGGACACUGAUCUGGUAGACCCAUCUGGCUCAUCGGAUCCUCCAUUGCAGCCGCUUGAGCUUAUGCCCACCAACCAGAGUCUGCCGCACGUUGCAUCGCAGGGGAGAAAACCAAGGGAUGAACGGAACCCACGAAUGGAACGAAUGGAACGCAUUUUUUCUGUGACACAAGUGAUGAUGGCCAGUCAAGAAGAAGCCAACAUCGGACUACCCGAUAUGCAGGUUCAACCAGCAGCGGUGGCCGCCUUUCAAACGACUUUGGCCAUUUUAACUCUUCCGUUGUCAAUUCCAUGCCGUAUCGAUGGUUUGUGUCAGAACGUCCAAAGUACAAAGCAUUCAGCGCAAGUUAAUAUUGAUGAUGUUGCGGGAACGGGAACGAUACAUAUCAUGGAAGAAAACGAUGGGCUCUUGGAUGGCUCUGAUCAAAAUAGAGAUGCCACUCCAGACGGAAAAGAAGCUCACCGACUACAAGAAUCCGAACUAGCUUCCGAGCAGUGUACUACCUUUGAAGAGAAACAAGUACCUUCCUCGUCACUUUCUGAUCAGGAAACAGAAUCUGGACAGUUCUCUCGGGCACAGGCUGUUGACGACGAUGAACGUGCGAAGAAUCUUGAUUCUCGAGAUAGCCACAUGCAACCCGAACGGUCACCUGCGUUUAUCCGAGGGAUUGAUCCUGGAUGGACACCUCAAGCGGGACUGGAAUCCUGUUGCAAUCCUGAUUUUCCAGCUGCUGUCUUGAAUGAUGUGGAACGUUCUGAGCCAUCUAUUGAAACAGGGGAUGGGAAAGGCUUUACCGGGUGUGGUGCCAGUAGUUCUGAAGGAUCAAUAUUUAAGCAGGUGACAGACACAUUGAUGUCACAAGGUCAUGGGUCAGACUUAAACGAAAGACCUACGCAGAUGGAGGGAGCAGCUCUUGUGCAACAAUCUGUGGAGAGGCCGAUUCCCGCGCCAGGUCUGAACCACCAUGCCUUCGUGCUCUCUGAACGUGACAAUGUCCCUGCGAAUGAUGCAUCCACGGUCCGCGUUGUACUGGAAGAUCAAGAUAUCGAUGGGGCGAUUGUCGGAAACGCAACUGACGAGGAGAGUCAUCAUGGCCCAAAGCCGUUGAUCACUCCAGUGUGUGUUGAUACGCAAGAUGCUACGGAGCCACUGCUGUUGGGGUUACAGAAAGAGGAUGAGGAUGCGGUCAAUGCCGCGAUUUUAUCUGCGGAUUUAGUAACGCCCGCUGGAAUAGUAACGUCUCUGGAUGCGCCCCAAGAAUCCAGUGAUGGGCCGAACAAGGAUACCUCAGUAGUAAGCCCGACACAGUCACCUCCAAUUACAAGAUCAUCUGUGACGACGCAAACAAUAAACAGCGCGAGCGCAAGUGCUUCUACGCAGACCUCCCCUAUUGUAUCAGCUAGAAGUAGCAGAGCAGCCCAAACCAAUUCCUCCGAGACAGUUCAAAUGGGUGAUGCUGCAACGCAAACUGAACUUGAGUUGCUAAAUGCAUCAAAUGCGGAUGCUACGAUCAGCGUCAUCGAAGGACCACCGAUAGACGUUAUGGAUUUUAGCGAUGAGUCGGAUGAGAUACUCGCGAUAUUGACAAGAAGAUUGCACUCUUUGAACCAGGAAUUGGUUCGUGUUGAUGCAGAGAUUUCUGAAUUGGAAGUUGAAGGAGCAGUUGGAUAGUGUAUAUAAAUACAGCUCUCACGAGGCGACCCUAUAUGGGGGGAGUGGGCAGCCUUUUUGUAAAUACUUUGAUUUUUCGGCUACUUGAAGAUGGCCGGAAGCAAACUUUCGGUCUUGAAAAUAAAAUUUAUGCCAGUUAC